ACGUUAAAAAGAUCCUUAAUAAAAAAAGAGAUUACGAUGUUGAAGAUAAUUCGAUUGAGGAAAAGGAGGAGAAUGUGGAAAAGAUGAUCAAGAAAAAGAAGGAAGAUAAUGUUGAGAAUAAAAUGAUUGAGGUGGGCGAAAAUAUUUCUGAAGGUGUUGAAAACUUACUUGAGGUGAAAAGUAAUAUCAAGGAGGAAGGAACAGAGAAUGACCGAGAGAAGGAUAUAAGUGAAGAGAACUUGGAGACAAAGUUAAAGGAAGAUUUUGAGGUAAUUCAAAUAGAUAAUUUGAUAAAAGAAAAACAUAUAAAUGUGGAAAGUGAGGGGGAUAUUGAUGAAAAAGAGAUCAAGGAAAAAAGCGAAGCGAAUGUCGAAAACAUUUUCGGGGAAGGAGAUAUUAAUAAUAUUAAAGUGGUAAGUGAAGAGUCUGUAAAAGAUAAUGAGGAAGAGAGUAUAGAAAAAGGACAGUUUAAAGAAAGAAUAAAUGAAGUUAAUGUAAAAGAAGAUAUUACAGAAAAAGGUGAUGUAGCCGAGUUGAGCAAGGAAAAAUUAAGAGGAAUUGAAAAUACAAAUGAAGAGACGAAGAAAGUAGAAUAA